ACCAACUCGUCCACCGAGACUGGAGCACAGAGAUUCGUCCAUCUCCGUUGAGCGCUUUAGCAGAACUCUAACGGUGGCAGACCGAGGUCAACACGGAGGCCCCUUUUUCUCAUCAGUGGACCAUCACAGCCAUUACACUUCUAAAAGAGUGUCUUCCUCUCUUUCUUUAAUUCGGUUACGUCUUCAUCAAUGGAGUUCAUCUUCUGCAAGUUUCCAUGAAGCUUCAGCUCCAACUUAUGCAUUAUGUUUCACGAGUAAUCGACUUUUCUUUCUGUCUGGAUUAUGCCUUGACUAAUCGAGUUCUGGUUUUGCAAGUUUCCCUAUGGAAGUUGUAGCCAACUCAUCCUCUUCGACUUGUUAACCUUUUCUGCUAUACAUCUCCUUUUCUACUGAUAAAAGAAGAAGAAUGAUGACAUGAAGUGAUCGAAGAAUUACUGACUACGAUCAAGAUGUCAACUUUGCUGCUAACCUCUGGAGUUCUUGGCUUAAAAGAAGUUUCUCAGAGGAGGAGGAGAAGAAGGACGUGGCGCGCCCACUCCCUUCACGCCGAAUCGAAGCCCGAAAAGAGCGCGAUUAUUCCACGCGCGGCGAGUCUCGCCGCAGGGCAGGUGGCGGUUUCCUCCGAGCAGAAGGUCUACGACGUCGUCGUCAAGCAGGCCGCUUUGGUGAGGAAGCAACUGAGCUCGAAUACCUCCAUCGACCAGAAGCCGGAGACGGCAUUUCCGGGAUCGCCGAGCUUGCUGAAGGAGGCGUACGAUCGCUGUGGCGAAGUUUGCGCAGAGUACGCCAAGACCUUUUACUUGGGAACACUGCUAAUGACCCCCGAGAGGAGAAAGGCCAUCUGGGCAAUCUAUGUUUGGUGCAGAAGGACAGACGAGCUUGUGGACGGACCCAAUGCAUCGCAAAUCACACCAACUGCUUUAGAUCGAUGGGGGUCGAGGCUGGACGAUGUGUUUUCAGGCAGGCCAUACGACAUGUUCGACGCAGCUCUGUCUGAUACUGUCUCAGAGUUCCCUGUCGAUAUCCAGCCAUUUCGCGACAUGAUUGAAGGAAUGCGCAUGGACCUGAGGAAAUCCAGAUACAAGAACUUCGAUGAACUCUAUCUGUACUGCUAUUACGUGGCUGGAACUGUCGGGUUGAUGAGUGUUCCUGUAAUGGGCAUCGCACCCGAGUCGAGGGCUAGCACCGAGAGCGUGUACAGCGCGGCUUUGGCCUUAGGAAUUGCUAACCAACUUACCAAUAUACUUAGAGAUGUCGGCGAAGAUGCUAGUAGAGGGAGGAUUUACCUGCCACAGGAUGAGCUAGCUCGGGCUGGGCUGUCCGAUGAGGACAUUUUCGAAGGCAAGGUGACCGAUCGGUGGCGGAGCUUCAUGAAGAACCAAAUCGAGAGGGCGAGGAUGUUCUUCCGAGAGGCAGAGAUCGGUGUAACCGAACUCAAUCAAGCUAGUCGUUGGCCGGUUUGGGCUUCAUUGAAGUUGUAUAGGCAAAUCCUCGAUGAGAUUGAAGCAAACGACUACGAUAACUUCACGAAGCGAGCUUAUGUUAGCAAGGCGAAAAAGCUCAUGGCCUUGCCUAUUGCAUAUGGAAAAUCUCUAGUUAGGCCAUCUUCUCUGCUGCAAACUAACAUGUGAGAGAGCUGUCACGAAGAAGAGAAAAAUGUAUGUCCUCAGACUUUAUUUAGAUGAUUCUACAUUGUUUGUGAAAGAAAUAAGUCAGCAUCAA